CCGGCGCGCGCCUGCGCAGUGGGCCUCCGUCGCCAUGCCGGAACCGCGCGGGUCGUCUCCUCUGCGCGUGAACAAGGCUUUUGCGGCGCGGUAUGGCCGCUACCGGGAGCGCGAGGAGCUGCAGCGGCUGAAGGAUCGCUAUGGGGACCGGGACAGCGGCGGCGACUCCAGCUCCGAGUCUGACUCCAGCGACGAACGCGUGGAAUUUGACCCCCAGCAGGAGCGCGACUUUUACAGGACACUGUCCUUGUUGAAGAAGAAAGACCCCCGCAUUUACCAGAAAGAUGCCACCUUCUAUCAGAGACCAGAGUCCUCCUCCUCCUCCUCCUCCUCCUCCUCCUCAGAGAGCGAGCAGGAGCGCGCAGCUUCAGGGAGGCAGAAGAAGGUGCGGCCGAUGUACUUAAAAGACUACGAGCGGACUGUCAUCGUGGAGAAGGGCGGCAAAUAUGUGGAUGAGGAGAACUCAGACGGGGAGAGCUCUGACUGGAGACUGCAGCAAACCACAUCGCAGAGUUAUGUGGAGGAGCAGAAGCAGCUCCGGGAGAGCUUCCGGCCAUUUGUGGAGGACAGCGAGGACGAGGACAGUGCCGGGGAAGGUGGCUCCAGCUUGCUGCAGAAGCGCAGGAAGACCCGGGAGGAGAAGGCCCAGGAGGAUGCCGACUAUGUGGAGUGGCUGAAGGGACAGAAGGAGGUUCAGAAUCCCGAGUCCUUGAAGGAGUUGAUGCACCUUAAGCAAUUUUGGGACAACCCGGAGCUGGAUGAAGGGGAGCAGUUCCUGCGGGAUUAUAUCCUCAACAAGCGUUACGAAGAGGAGGGCGAUGAGGACGAGGAGGAGGAGGAGGAGGAGGAGGGGGGGGCCCCCGGCCCCCCGGCCCAGCUGGCCGUGGACGACUCCUCAGACGAGGGGGAGCUGUUCCUGAAGAAGCAGGAAGACUUUGAGCACAAGUACAACUUCCGCUUCGAGGAGCCGGACGCGGCCUCGGUCAAGACCUACCCGCGCAGCAUCACGUCCUCUGUUCGCCGCAGGGAUGAGCGCAGGAAGGAGAAGAGGGAGGAGACCAGGGAACGGAAAAAGAAGGAGAAGGCCAGGAAGCGGGAGGAGCUGAAGCAGCUGAAGAACCUGAAGAGGAAGGAGAUUCUGGCCAAGCUGGAGAAGCUGCGCCAGGUCACGGGCAACAGGACGCUGGGCCUGGAGGAGCAGGACCUGGAGGGUGACUUCGACCCCGCCCAGCACGAGCAGCUGAUGCAGAAAUGUUUGGGCGAUGACUUCUAUGGUGCCGAAGAGGAGGAGAAGCCGCAGUUUGAGGAAGAGGAUGGCCUUGAAGAGGACUGGAACUGGGACACGUGGGGCGGUCCCCAGCAGAACAGCGGCGCGUGGAGCCAGCAGGAACUGCAUUGUGAGGACCCCGACUUCAAUAUGGACGCCGACUACGACCCCAGCCAGUCCCGGAAGAGGCAGCGCGAGGCUCCCUCCACGGGCAAGAAGAAGCGAAAAUCGCCCUUCGCCGAGGCUGUGGGCCAGGAAAAGCCUGUGUUCAACCCCGGGGACAAGACCUUCGAGGAGUACCUGGAUGAGUACUACCGGCUGGACUACGAGGACAUCAUCGAUGACUUGCCCUGUCGUUUCAAGUACCGCAGGGUGGUACCCUGUGACUUUGGGCUCAGCACUGAGGAGAUCCUGGCUGCUGAGGACAGGGAGCUGAACCGCUGGUGCUCCCUGAAGAAGACCUGCAUGUACAGGUCAGAGCAGGAGGAGCUGCAGGACCAGCGGGCGUACAGCCAGAAGGCCCGGAACUCCCAGAAGAAGCGGCAGAUCUUCCGGUCGCUCUGCCCGGAGGGGAUGGAAACCGCCAGGGAAGCCACUGGGCAGCAGCAGGGGCACACGGCCGGCCCUCGGGAGCAGCUGCCGGCGCCUGACCGAGGCCACGGGCAGCGGCCCCGGCCCGAGAGCGCCCCGGCACAGGACAAGGAGGCCCCCGCGCUGCCCCGCAAGACGCCAGCCCCCCAGAAGCGGAGGAGCGGCAGGAAGGCGCGGCUGCUGGGCCCCACGGUGACGCUCGGUGGCCGAGAGUUCAGCCGCCAGAGACUGCAGGCGUUUGGCCUCAACCCCAAGCGGCUCCACUUCCGCCAGCUGCGCCGGCUGCGGGGGAAGCGGCCGCGACCCACGAGCUGCGUCUGAGGACAGGACGGCGGAGGCCCCACAGCCAGGCCAGCCAACAGCUUUAUUAGCCCCGGCAGGCACAGCGUGCCCCGGGCAGGGGCCUGGGGACAGCGAAGGGCACGCCGGGCCAGUGCAAACUACAGUGCGAGAGUCAGGCCCUGAGUGGCGCCCGGGGGUCUGCGCGGCCCGCCCUGUGCGGGGGCCCCGGAGGGCGCGGCUAGCGGCCCCAGUUCUGCGGGUUCCUAGACUGUCUCUGCGGGGCGGUGGAGGGCUGAGGAGGAGAAACCCCGCCGUCUCCGGAGUUCCACCCCCCACCAAGUGACAUAAAUAAAAAAAUAAAUAGUC